AUGGAUCAGAUGCAAGAAUUAAAGUGGAAGGUUUCUUCUCAGGGUGGUUACUGCACAGAGAAGGGCUCCAGUGAUGAAGUUACUAAAGCUCAUUUAGCUGAAGCAGCUCGCAGAAAGUAUGGUGAUGCAUCCUCAACAAUCUUCUCCAAAAUCAUUGACAGAACACUUCCUGCGGAUAUUAUCUUUGAGGAUGACAAGUGCCUUGCUUUCAGAGAUAUCAAUUCUCAAGCACCAGUCCAUUUUUUAGUAAUUCCAAAGCUGCCUAUACCACGCAUCAGCCAGGCCACAAAUGAAGACAAAGAGCUGUUGGGGCAUUUACUACUUGUGGCAAGUAGCACUGCCAGAAAGGAAGGACUCAGCAAUGGCUACAGAUUAGUGAUCAAUGAUGGGAAACAUGGAGCUCAGUCUGUCUACCACCUACAUGUCCAUGUGAUGGGAGGCCGCCAAAUGGGCUGGCCACCUGGAUGAAGACGGAGUUCUCUGUGAAUGCUGGAAUAUGCAUUGAUUUCUGCACAAGCAAUCAAGAUGUAGUUUUAUGUGCACAGGCCUAGUGUAACGUGAUAAACAAGUUACUGAGUCACAACAUUUUACUCAUCCUAGUGAAAAGUUAAGUUUGUUUCUGUAUAUGCCUUUCUGAAGAGUUGAUAUAUUUGGAAGAUAAAUCCUACUAAAUGAGUCAUGUAAGCAGUUUCCUAGACUUAUUUCAUUAUUUGCAUAUUUGCAAGAAUAAAGUUUGAAUGUUUUCAUUUA